AUGCAGUUUUUUUCACGGGUCCAUGUUAUCUCGCAAGAAUCUAGCCGCUGCCUGAAACUAGAAGAUGUGCUCGAUAAGGAUAACCAUUCCCGGUGGCUUACGAGCACCAUGAAAGUCGUCUGCUCAGUUGAUAACAAAAUUUUUCUGCCGAUACUAUUGUUAGUGGUAUUAGUAAUGAUAGCAUUCUCAUUCCGACAAUUCACCGCAGUUCCUGAUGAACCUAUAAAGAUCGACUUAACUUUUGAGCCAUUAUCCGAAGAAAAAAUAGCUAAAGCAGCUGAAAGCUAUCGAGCACAGGAAAGAACAAUUCAAUCUGGUAUGCAAGGACUGAAUAAUCUUCAGCUGUUUACCGAGAAAAACUCAGAUCCUCUGCCACAGCGAAAAUUCGUCGGACUCUCCGCUACAGAAAUGUGCGAAACAGGAAAAGCAGACUGUGUGACGCCAUUUGCGAGAAUUCGACCGUUGAUAGUUACUGCUCCUAAUUACCAUAUGAUGUCGUGUAUAACACAGAAGAGCAUGUCUACAGUAAUGUCGGCCAUAUUUUGUUUCCUCAUUCGUGAAAAAGAGUUCAUCGAUGCUGGUCGCAGUAUUCUGCGUGAAUAUUCGGACAUAAGGCUAUGCGAAGGUCGGAACGAGUUUCAAAGUAUAAACGCUAUGCGACGUGGGUUCCACCUAAGCGAUCAGGACAUGGAUCAGUGGCGUUUCACUGUCGUCACUCGUGAACCGGUCGAUCGAUUUCUAUCGGGAUUUAUUGACAGAUGUAUAAGAGUAGGCGACUCAUGUUUCGGUUGUAAGACAAACAUGACAUGUUUUCUGGAAGAAGAGUACAAAAGAGCUUUGGAAUAUGCAUUUGCUGAUAAAUACGGUUUGUUGAAGCCAUCGUUAACACUUGAGGAUUUGCACAUUUUCCCACUGAACUGGCGAUGUAAUAUGGAAGAGUUCUAUGGGAAGUAUGAAUUCAUAAGAUAUUCGAAUGAUCCCGGCGGAACAUUGUUGGCGGAUUUGAAACCGUUGUUGCAAAGGCAGAAUACGUUAAAAAGAAGUCUGCCCUCGUCACGAUUCCACUUAUGCGUCAUAAAAGAUUCCGGAAUCCUCGAUCAACUACAUCGCUGA